CCUGAGAGUGGCUAGAGCUGCCUUAGCAACGGUUUCUGAACUGUGUAGACUGCAGUUGGGCUGCGCGGCUGGCGCCUGAGACCCGGAGGUCCCAGCUGAGGGCACCGGUUGGUGACAUGGCAUCCAACUACUGCACAGGUUCAGACCAAGGGAAGAAAAGAGCAGCAAAACUUGAACUGAAUGAAACCCAAAAGCAAGAAAUUAAAGAGGCCUUUGAUUUAUUUGAUGUUGAUGGGUCUGGAACCAUAGAUGUGAAAGAACUGAAGAUUGCAAUGCAAGCCUUAGGAUUUGAACCAAAGAAAGAAGAAAUUAAAAAAAUGAUAGCUGAAAUCAACAAAGAAGGAAUUGGCACCAUUACUUUUGAAGAUUUUUUUGCCAUAAUGAGUGUAAAAAUGAGUGAAAAAGAUGAAAAAGAAGAAAUAUUGAAGGCUUUCAAAUUAUUUGAUGAUGAUGAUACUGGAAGCAUAACACUAAACAAUAUCAAGAGGGUUGCUAAAGAACUGGGGGAAAAUUUAACAGAUGAUGAGCUUCAGGAAAUGCUUGAUGAAGCUGAUCGUGACAGGGAUGGAGAAAUAAAUGAGGAAGAAUUUUUGAGAAUGAUGAAAAAGACCACUCUUUAUUAAUACUUUUUUUAUUCCUUCUGGAAAGUUGUUAACAACUUUGUAUUUGCUACACAGUUCCAUCAUAUCUGAAUGUAUUUUCAAUUUUUAGCUUAUAUGCACAAAUUGGUCUCUUGAUGUUUAAUCCAUGUGAGAGAUUACAUGUUUCUACCAAUAUGUUGUUAAAUCUGCAGCAUCAAGAAACAAAGGAAAUGUAACGAUUUCUGUGAACCAUGGAUCCCAAACCAGUAUUAAUUCCAACUGCUACUUUUAAAGCUCCAGGGUCUGAAGACUUAGAAUUUUUUUAAGUUUAAUGAAAUUGACCCCACAUCCAAAUGAAUUUGGCAAAAAAGCAAUUAGUUUCCCUAUUAUUUUCUUUUUGUGCAACUCUUUAAAACUGAUAAAUAUUUGCUUUUUAAUCAGUUACUCAGAUAUGUAAAGUAUUAAAUAAAAUUUCCUAGCAACUGCAUUAUUUGCUAGUUUUCUUCUUAUAAAGAAAUGCAAAGCAGUAUUUGUACUACCUAGACUUUCCUGUAAGUUUGACCCUGCAAGUGAGUUUUUAAUACCUCUGCAAGGGAAGUGCUAGGGAUUUUACAUAUGUUAUCUCAAUGGUACAAUUUGGGGAAGCUGGUAGUAUUAGCUCCAUUUUACUACAUAUGAGGAAACUAAAGUUCAGAGAACUUAAAAAUUGCUCAAUUGUUCAUAGAUAAUAAAUAAAACAUAGAUUCUAAA